AUGCCCGUGCCCCAAACCCCUUCGUCCGACUCCGACUCUGACGAGCCCAAUUGGGGCGAUUCCAGUCACUCCUCGGCUGACGACAGCGACAGUUACAGUGACAGUAAGAGCGAGUUUGAAGAUGUCGCGAUCGACCAUCGAAGAGCUAUCAGGCUCUGGACGGCCAUACAUGGCUCGCAUCGGAACGCGACCGGUCGUAUGAGUGCUCUUCGAUGGUCGAUCGCGACAUCUUCAAACUCGCUCUUACUGUCACUGUAACUGUCGCUGUCGUCAGCCGAGGAGUGACUGGAAUCGCCCCAAUUGGGCUCGUCAGAGUCGGAGUCGGACGAAGGGGUUUGGGGCACGGGCAUGCGCCGCUUUCUCUUCCGAGUCGGGCGUGGAGACGGUUCAUCCAGAGUUGUGCUGGCUUGUGAGGAUGCUCGACCGCUUUGAUCGUCCCUCCGACCUGCAAGAGGUGUGA